AUGUCGUAUCUGCUCCACCAAGAAGUAGAACAUGUGCCGCGGCAGGCGAACUUCUUGUUUGAACCGCUUGUCGCCCGCCGCGAGGCAAAGCGAAACAACAACCCACCAACAACGGACGACACUGACGACGACGGUGACUCUCCAUCACCUGUCCUGGACAGCUUUGUCCACACGCGCGGCCCGUCUGUUCUCCCAGAGCUGACGAACUUCUCGCUCAGCGAGUUCAACCAACUGUGGUCCGACCUACAGACAACGAUCGACCAAAACUACAACGUCGGUUCUGGUCGAAAGAGCGAUGUCACGGGUCGCGACAUGCUCUUCAUGACUCUCACCUCGCUGAAACAUUGCGGGUCGUGGGAUGUCGUGUCCGCACUCUUCGACGACACAUCAGCCUCGUUCUCCAACCGUGUGAACUCGUUCCUCAAAACUCUGCAUCCCUUUCUCGUUGGACGGUACAUCGAUGCUGUGGCCGACAAGUACACGAUGGAGCACUUGGAGACCAACAAACGCCGCUUUGCCAACUACCCGUGUGCCCUCUACGCUGUCGACGUCACGUUCCAGAAGACCAACAUCCCGGCUAGAAGUUUUCCAGAGAGGAAGCGCUUCUUCAGCAAAAAGCACGGACAGCAUGGUGUCAAGGUGGAGGCAAGCGUAUUGCCCAACGGCCUGGCCAUCAACGUCACCAAUGCGGUGCCAGCUAGCAUGGCUGAUAUCGCCAUUGCCCAGUCCAACCGUGAAUUCCACCUCAACAAGCUCGCCAAGACCCCGUCCGAACUCGACAUGGCUGACCAAGGUCCACUCCGUGAGGAGUAUCCAGCUUCUUGGGCGAUUUUGGCGGACAAGGGAUACCAAGGUCUCCACCGCAACCUUCGUGCCAUAACGCCAACCAAGCGGCCGGCGGGUGGUGUUUUGACGGUGUCCGAAAUGGAUGUGAACGACAAGAUUGCCAGUGACCGUGUCAUCAUCGAAAAAAUUUUCGGACGUUUGAAGACGUUGUGGAGUGUGGUGGGCGACACGUUGAAGUGGAAGCGUGACAACUACGACAUCUACUUCCAGUCAUAUGUUGCGUUUACGAAUGUUCAUAUUCGUUUCAUGCCACUGCGGGCGGAAGAUGGCCAUGAUCUCCAUCGCCUUGUGAAUGGGCUCAUAUCUACGGGUCAGAAGAAAAAGGCGAAACGUGCGGGGUCGGUGGCAAUGUCGCGUGACAAGCGCAAGCGUCGUUUGAGUGCAAUGACCGCUGCCAAACCCACUCACAAGAAGGCCGCCAUGAUUGCCACGAGCAGUGUCGCCAAGGAGAGUGAUGUGGGGACCACCAUGGCCGGCGAGAGGGCAAGGUAA